AUGUCAGAUACAUCAUAUUUGGCAGGCGCCGGCCUACCAGAUAUCGAUCAAGGAUGGCGCAUUCUCCUAGCCACGGGUAUUACAACCGCAGUGGCGCUACUGAUCGUGCUGGCGCGGUUCUACGUGCGCAUCUUCAUCAUUCGCAAUGUCGGCUGGGACGACUAUACCAUGGCCCUGACGAUGCUUUUGUCGCUGUCUGGGUUUGCGAUUAUUGUUCCAGAAGUGAAGUAUGGCGCCGGUAGACAUACGGCUUAUGUGCUGGAAACAGCAUCCAAAGCGAUGCACUUGAAUUUCGCAACCCAGGGAAUUUACCUAUGGGCCAUUGGUUUGGUCAAGGUCUCGAUUGGGUUGUUUUUGCUGCGCUUUGCACCCCAGAAAAGCUUUAGGAUCUUUAUUUGGGUAGUAAUCAUUCUCAUGACGCUGUAUACAACGGUCUGUUUCUUGACUUUGAUGUUUGAAUGCAAAGACAUCCGAACGAAUUGGGACAAAUCGGUUGUCUCCCAAUGCUUCUCCCCUAGACAACUGCUCAUAUUGAGCUAUACAAACACAGCCUUGAAUAUUCUAACCGAUCUGAUAUUCUCUAUAUUGCCAAUCUUCAUGCUCCGCCAUCUCCAAGUCAAUCGACGAGUCAAGGCAUCUCUUGUUUGUAUCUUGGGUCUAGGAGUCUUUGCCUGCGCCGCUGCCUUCGUCAAGAUCUCCAUCCUCCCCAACUACGGCCGAACCGGAGACUUCCUCUGGGAUUAUACAAACCUCACAAUUUGGGUCGUCACGGAAAGCAACACCGGUAUAAUCGCAGGCAGCCUCCCGACCCUAAAACCACUCUUCAAGCGCGUCCUUGGCACAUACGGAUCGCGAUCAAAGACAACACGCGAGUACUACGGUAGCAGGCAAUACAAACUGCGAUCUAUGUCGAGAUCUCGUGGCGAACAGCUACACUCGCACGGCCAGUUCACUGGCAACUUGAGCGUCAUCGAACAUGACGACAUGAAGGUUCCGAAAUCGAAUGCUGUCUCCGCAAACACUUCCUUGACGUAUCCUGCGCGUGAUGGUAGCAAUUCCAGCGAGGAAAGGAUCUUGGGAGAUGGAAUCGUUUGCACGACGGAGGUUAUGGUUUCGCAUUCGCAGCAGAAUUCACCGACACUACCGCCGGCUCCAAGCUCGACGCGGCUAGAGAGAAUGAAAUCGUUAAAAGGACUUAGAUUAGUUGAAGCCGACGAUCGUGUUUGA